GUCUGACUUCAAGGGAUGCUAUUGACUGCCACAAGAGAACUGCUUCAGAACUUCAAUGGUUGAUCAUACUUGAGCAGGCACUUGUUUAGCAAGCUCUUUCCACAUUCACAAUGUGGAAUUUUGCUUCAAAUGCCCUCUCAGGAACCAAUGGACUGAAGAAUGACCUCUUAAAGCCAAAUCAAGCACCUUCAGAGUGCUCAGAUGAUGAAAUUUCCACAAACACAAGCAGAGAAGAAGGAUUGGAAUGUCCAAUUUGUUGGGAAUCCUUCAACAUUGUUGAGAAUGUGCCCUAUGUUUUAUGGUGUGGCCAUACCCUCUGUAAGAAUUGUGUCCUAGGGCUCCAAUGGGCUGUCGUGAAAUUCCCUACACUACCCAUCCAGCUUCCUUUCUUCAUUUCUUGCCCGUGGUGCAAUCUAUUAUCCUUCAGGCUUGUUUAUAAGGGGAAUCUCACAUUCCCUCGCAAGAAUUUUUUCCUCCUGUGGAUGGUUGAGAGCAUGAAUGGUGAUAGGGGGAAGUCACAUUCUUCCUUUUGUGAUCAUCAGCCAGGCUGGUCUUCAAACAGAAAUCUGAUCAUAGGAAAUCAAGGUAGUCAUGUAAACCAUAGGCGACCUCCAUAUAGUCACCUCCCAGAACAGUCUGAGUCGAACCAUGAUGGAGGCCACCUGAUCAAUAGGUUCCUCAAUAUAGAAAGACUCCACUUAUCCGUUCGUAAGUCCUUGGUGUUCUUUGUUCACUUGACGGCUAAGUUCCCAUUGGUAAUCAUAUUUCUUCUGAUUGUUUUGUAUGCAAUACCCGCCAGUGCAGCCAUCUUGGCCCUGUACAUUCUGAUCACUGUUCUGUUUGCUCUCCCAUCUUUUCUAAUACUGUACUUUGCUUAUCCCAGUUUGGACUGGUUGGUUAGGGAAAUCAUUACCUGAAUCACCCUCAAUUUGUGCUUCCUGUUUCAUAAACUCUGUAGCAUAGUGGUGUAGUGAAUCCAAUAAUGGUGCAAUUUGACGACUUCACUUGGUUUUCAUGGUUUUCUAGCUUGCUAUAUUUUCACACCAGAGAGUCAUGGUCCUUCAGUUGGACCAUUUUCAAUUUUAGAAUUAUUCUGCACAUUCUUAGGGCGUGACUGCUCUGAUGCUAGUGGAAUUUGGGCCACAAAAGAAGAUCUUGGGAUACCUCUUUGGUUGGCUAAUAGUAUGUUGUUUUUGUGUAUUAGCAGAGCUCCAGCAAAGAGACAGUUGAACAGUGGCUGUAGUGUUUGCAUCUUAUCAAACAGUGCCCUUGUUUUUUAUGGAGACUUGUUAUGAUUUUCAUUCAACAUUCACUAUUAUGUCUGUGCUGUUGUGCUUGACCCUAAUAUGUAAAUUAAGUUUAUUCAUCUCCUUUUCAGUUUGAUAAGAGUAAUGCAAAACACUAGAAAGAUCUUCUGCAA